AUGCCUAAUGAGAUGGAACUGGAUGCUGCCAAGAACACCUGGUAUUCUCUUGACCAAGAUGACACAAACUCCAUUCAAGAGAAAAAUGCGAGACAAAACAGUGUUUCUCAAAUGCCAUUAGAGUCAGCUGGGCCCUCCUUCAUGAACCCAUUUGAUGAAUGGAUUUCAUCAUCGGAGUCCGUGUCUUCUCCGCAAGUACCCGCAUUAGACAACUCUGUAGCUGCAAGUUCUCCUGCAAGCCCAUUUUCAACUCCGAGGAGUCCGACUUCCGAGAUUCCAGAGAAUCUCAGCCCUGGAAAACACUUUCUCCCAGCAUCUGCAUCAAGCUUGGCGUCUUCAGCCGCUAAAGCCAAGCUAUCUGUCAAGGCCCCAUCUUCUCGGCGACGAUCAAGCUUACGCCCUAUGACCCCGAUGCACCUACUACCUAAACUCAUGCCAUCUGCGCCUACAAUCCAUGAAAAUGUUCCCUAUUCCGGUUCUCCAUAUGAACCAGCUAUUGGAUCUCCAUUGGCAUUGAAUCCAGAUGGUACAUCAAGUGCAGUAAAGCAACCAGGAAAGCCUGUAGCAGAACUUGCAACAGACAAGCGCGCCUAUCACAAGCUUGCAGAGCAAAAUCGUCGAAACAGACUGAACAAUGCUAUCAAGGAAUUGGAAUCUCUGAUUCCUGAAGCGCUUUUUAAGGAGAAAUUUCCUACACAACCUAUUGAUGCUUCAGCAAGCGCGAAGGAAAAGGCAAAGGCUGCGCCAAAGGAACAGACCAAGGCUGAUGUGAUGGAGCUUGCGGUUGAACACAUCACACAGUUACGAGCAAGACUCGAUGAUGAGAAUCGGCGCUUACAAGAGCUCGAUGCUAUCAGGAUACAGAAUUCUUUAUGA